AUCACAUCCGGGUGAAAGUGUCAACAUGCUUUCCAUCACAUCUUAGGUUAGCUGUAUUUGAUAAAUCAGCAGCCAUGCCUCUAAUAGUGAUGUGUGGUUACCCCUGUAGUGGUAAAACACGAAGGGCAGAAGAGCUGAAGGAGUAUUUCGAGCAGAACACUGACCGGAAGGUUCAUAUUGUUGGAGACGGAGGUCUGGACGUGGACAGAAACACUGUUUACGCAGAUUCCCAAAAGGAGAAAAAUGUCAGAUCAUCUCUGAAAGCUGAAGUAGAACGGAAAGUGAACAAGGACCAUGUCGUAAUUUUGGAUUCAUUAAAUUACAUAAAAGGCUACCGCUAUGAACUGUUCUGUCUCAUCAAACACGCACAGACACCACACUGUCUGGUAUACUGUUUGACGUCAGAUGACGAGAGCUCAACAUGGAAUACCAACAGAGAUGCUGCUGAGCAGUACACCAAGGACAUCUUUGAUGCAUUAGUGCUGAGAUUUGAAGCUCCAGACUCCAGAAACCGAUGGGACAAUCCUCUCUUCACCAUCUUGAAAGACGACACGCUUCCAUAUGAAGCUAUUUCUGAUGCACUUUUCAAAAGAAAAGCACCCCCAGCUAACCAGUCUACACAGAGUCAACCAUUGUCAUCUGCGAACUUCUUGUACGAAUUGGACAAGAUCACACAAGAGGUGUUAAUGGCAGUUUUCAACGCACAGAAGACAAGUGUUCCCGGGGAUCUCAUUUCCGUUCCAGGAGCAACAGAAAAGAUCAAGCUCACCAGAAACGUCAACAUGGCAGAGCUGAGGAAGUUACGGCGCCAGUUCAUCAGCUACACCAAGAUGCACCCAACAGAGAACAGUGGACAAAUUUCCAACAUGUUUGUGCAGUAUUUAAACAAGAGUCUUCACUGAAACUUUUAUAGUAUUGGUUUAUUUUUUUAUUUUUUUUAUUUUCUGCAUCAAAUAAAUCUAUUUAAAUAUUCA